AUGUGCCACUGCAUGGUAGCGAAGCUUUUAUGGUAUGUCUUUGCUGUGCACGCAUGGGAAUUGACGAGAACUGCCCUGUUUCUCUCGCUGCAGCGCGGGUUUCUCUCCACCCUCAGUGCCUCACUGCCGGAUGUCUCAGAGAUCGUGCUUCGAAAUUGCGACACGCACGCCCCACGUGAUCGCCGCCAAGACGGGAAACAGCCUCAUGGAUUGUCACUCGGGUCAAUGACCGGGAGUGAGGCUCGUAUGGCUGUUCUUUAUUCACUGGUGUUUUCUGAAUUGCUCCGCUGUUUUUUUUCACAAGAUAUAGAUCUUACUGAUUCUCCGUAUUAUCUUCACAAAUACGCGGGGCCUAAAACCCCAACAAAACCCGCAAUAGCCUCCGCACCCACAACCUCCAUCGCACCCCCAAACCUCGAUAGCGACUUCUACAACCCCCACCUCUCCGUCUCCCUCAACCCGCACACCCACCUCUUCACCUACAACUUCGGCAACCCCCCAUGCCUCCGCAAUCCGCCCCGCCCCCGCCGCGGCCUCGAGCCCGUCCCCAUGGUGCCCAGGCGGCUCCUUGCCACCGACGAUGCAGGGCUGAACCCGCUGCACCGGCGGCCGAGACUGUUUGUGCAGAGGAUGGCGGCGGUGCAGUUGAGGGAGAUGUAUAAUCCUUAUUUGAAGUACCGGGAGGAUACGCAGAUGGCGGAGGUGGAGUGGGGGAGGGCGGAGGUGGAGAGGUAUAUGCAGGUGUUGAAGGAGAGGGGGGGGAGGAGGAGGGAGGAGGAGAGGGAGGAUGGUAGGAGGGUAAAGGCGCUUGUGGGCGCGGUGCGGGCUCGGGCUGAGAAGGGUGUGGGCGGUGGUGGGCAGGGUAGUAGUAGUGGGCUGAAUGAGUUUGUAUGUAGUAGCAACUCGUCUGCUCCUGAAAGGCUCAGAGACUCCUCAAACAAAGAGUUCCAAAUCUACUCCUCAAUCAAGUGCUGA